AAAUGAGAUCGUGUGAUGCCAGUUUGCAUUCCCCUUCUCUUAUCAUAUACCUUCAAGUGAUUCUCUUACUUUCUUUCAACUUAGAGUGGUGGAAGCAAGCUAAUGCUUCAGGAAAUGAGACUGAUAAAAUUGCUUUGCUCAAGUUCAAAGAAGCAAUAAGUGCUGGUGAUCCAAAUCAACUCUUGGAUUCAUGGAAUGACUCUCUCCCAUUUUGCAAUUGGUUUGGAAUCACAUGCAGUCGCCGUCAUCAGAGAGUCAAAUCCUUGGAUUUGGAAGGGCAGAAUUUAUUUGGAACAAUCUCACCUUAUAUUGGCAACCUGAGUUUUCUUCGAGUCAUCAACCUCCAAAACAACAGUUUCCAUGGUGAAAUUCCACAAGAAGUUGGCAGGUUAUUUCGCCUGGAAGAAUUGUUUCUCAACAACAAUACUUUGGCAGGCGAAAUUCCAAUCAACUUAACUCGAUGUUCCAAGCUCAUGUUUCUUGAUUUGGGUUGGAAUUAUCAUGUAUCAGGAAAAAUCCCAGCUGAACUUGGUUCUUUAACUAAGCUUCAGAAUCUUAGUCUUGUUGCAAACAACCUGAUAGGAGAAAUCCCAGCUUCCUUGGGCAACCUUUCAUCGCUCACAUUCUUUCGUGUGUCGUAUAACAGAUUGUUGGGAAAUAUUCCUGACGAUUUGGGCAAAUUAACAAGCUUAACAGCUUUUGCUGUUUCAGCAAAUAAACUAUCUGGCACAAUUCCUCUGCCCCUCUUCAAUAUCUCCUCCAUCAGAAUCUUUUCUGUCGUACAAAAUCAACUCCAUGGGAAUCUGCCAGAAAACUUAGGCAUCACUCUCCCAAAUCUCAUAUUGUUCUCAGUUGGGAACAAUAGUUUCUCUGGGACAAUUCCAAAUUCUCUAUUCAAUGCUUCUCAUCUGGAAAUAGUUGAUCUUGGUUGGAGUAACUUUGUUGGACAAGUUCCAAUGAAUUUAGGAAAUCUUAAAAACCUCUGGCGGCUAAGACUUCAUGGAAAUGCUCUGGGAAGUAAUUCAACCAAUGACUUAGCUUUUCUAGACUCUUUGACAAACUGUACCAAGAUGAAAAUCUUGGAUUUGGGUAGAAACAAUUUUGGAGGUGUUUUACCAAAUUCUGUAGCAAAUUUGUCAACCGAACUUGGCUUGUUCUAUAUUGGGGAGAAUCAAAUCACAGGCACCAUUCCUGCAGGGUUAGAGAAUCUCAUCAAGUUAACUGGAAUAAGCCUGCGUAAUAAUCUUCUUUCAGGCGUCUUCCCCAAUUACUUUGGGAAGUUUCAGAAACUGCAAUCUUUGAGUUUAGGUGGAAAUAGGUUGUCCGGAGAGAUUCCACCCUCCAUCGGAAACCUUACACAUUUGCUUGAACUCUACUUACCAGACAAAAAUUUUCAGGGAAGCAUUCCUUCAAGCAUUGCAAAUUGCCAAAAUUUGUAUUUCUUAGACAUUUCACAGAACCAUCUGAAUGGAGUUAUACCCCCUGAGAUUCUACUUGUUCGUUCUUUCACAAAAUUACUGAAUUUAUCUCAAAACUCUUUAACUGGAGUCCUGCCUUUUGAAGUAGGGAAGCUAUCAAAUAUAGGAGCACUAGAUUUCUCAGAAAACAAUCUUUCAGGCCAAAUUCCUGCAACAAUUGGAGAUUGCUUGAGCUUGGAAUUUCUUUAUCUGAAAGGGAAUUCAUUUCAAGGGACCAUCCCUCCAUCUUUAGCUUCCCUGAGAGGCCUUCAAUAUUUAGAUCUUUCACUAAACAAGUUGACAGGGCGAAUUCCGAAAGAUCUACAGGACAUUCCAUACUUACUUUUCCUGAAUCUUUCUUUCAAUGAUCUUGAGGGUGAAGUACCAACUGGAGGAGUUUUCAGAAAUGCAAGUGCUGUAUCAUUAAUUGGUAAUGAUAAGCUUUGCGGCGGUGUCUCAGAACUCAAUCUACCAAAAUGCCCGAACAAGAGAGGAGGGUUGUUUUUUUAUAAGCUGGAAAUUAUACUACCUGUAAUGGCUGUGUGUACAUUAGCCUUUCUUCUUGUUUAUUGGAAAAGAAAUCCAAAGCAGAAGUCAUCUUCUUCAUCCUCAAUGAUGAAGCAAUUUCUGAAGGUAUCUUAUGGAGAUAUUUUUUGUGCAACGAAUGGAUUCUCUCCAGAAAAUUUGAUCGGAUCUGGCAGCUUCGGCUCUGUGUAUAAAGGAUUUCUAGAUCAAGUUGAAAGACCAGUAGCGGUUAAAGUUCUCAAGCUUGAACAUAAGGGUGCUUCCAAGAGCUUUAUUUCUGAAUGCAUUGUGUUGAGGAAUAUCAGACACCGAAAUCUUGUGAAGAUGUUGACAUGUUGCUCAAGCAUGGAUUACAAACUUAAUGAUUUCAAAGCUCUAAUCCUUGAAUUCAUGGGAAAUGGGAGCUUGGAGAAGUGGUUGCAUCCUGAAAUAGAAGGCAAAAAUCAAUCAUGGAAUUUAAACUUGCUUCAGAGAUUAAAUGUUGCCGUCGAUGUGGCCUCGGCCUUGCAAUAUCUUCAUGAGCAAUGUGAAAAUCCAAUUAUUCAUUGUGACCUGAAACCCAGCAAUGUUCUUUUCGACGACGACAUGGUUGCUCAUGUAUCUGAUUUUGGUCUUGCAAGACUCGUUUCAACAAGCAAAUCUUCAUCUCAAAGCUUGUCUACGACAACUGGAAUAAAAGGAACAAUCGGUUAUGCUCCUCCAGAAUAUGGAAUGGGUUGUCCAGCAUCCAGAGAGGGGGAUGUGUAUAGCUUUGGGAUCCUUGUAUUAGAGAUGUUCUCAGGAAGAAGACCAACUGAUGAAAUAUUCAAAGAUGGCUUAAAUCUUCAUAGCUUUGUGAAGACAGCAUUGCCAGAAAGCCUUAUGCAGAUUAUUGACCCUAACCUCAUCACAGCAACAGAAGAAGAAAGAGAAUUGUCUAACAGUAAUGGAAACCUGAGCGAGAUGAGUGCAAAAGCACGAAGUUGUGUAGUUUCAGUGCUUGAAAUUGGUAUUGGCUGUUCAGCAGAAUCACCCAAAGGACGAAUGAGUAUGGAGGAUGUUAGCAGACAACUUCAUUUGAUCAGAAAAACUUUUCUUGGAAUCUAAUUCCACAAUGAUAGAACAGGUGAACAAUUUUUCCUUGUUAUCUAGAUCCAUGAAAACAUUUCGUUUUGAUAGUUCAAGGAAUUUUCAUGGCUGAUUCUGUGUCUUUCCUUUUGGGUUUUCAGUGCAUCGUUGUACUCUUUCAUUUGUUAAAUCUUUUAUUCCAAAUCCAGAGAGGGGGAUGUGUAUAGCAGGAGUCCCCUGCAGCUGGUGGUCAGACAUUUCAAGGGGUUGUGCGUGUGCGUGUGCGUGUUUCUCUCCUUCUCGAUCUCCACCUCAAUUGUAAUUUUCUUUUUCCCUUUUCUUGCUCUGGCUUUUUUUUCUUCUUCUUCUACUUUUGCGUGAAGAAUUGCGUGUGCGUUGUUUCAGGUGCUUUUUGGCUGUGCUAUUGUUCGUAGUUUGUUUGCUUCACUCCUCAUUUAUUUUCUUUCUUUGAUUGCUUUAUUAGGAUGGUUUGGUUCUUAUUCUCUCUUUCCUCUUCAACGUUGCCCUUGCAUGACAUAAUCUUACUUAAUCGAUCGUAUUAAUCAUGUAAAUCUUUAAUCAUUAAUGUAUUCUUCAUGUCUCCAACUCCAAGCCUUUCAAUCAAACUACCAAUUCAUAAGCCAAGUUUUCUAUUCCUUUUUUUUUUUCAUUUCUUUGUUAGUCCUAAUUUAUUUGAAGCAAAAUUUAACAUAAACGUUUUUAUUCAUCAAUAUCUCUUCCUGGAAUAAUCAUGACGUGUAAAUUAUAGAUGUUAGAAUAGGAAAGUGUCUAUUAUUCCCGUUAGUCACGCUAGCAGUGGUAAGGUUUGUUAUAUUAUACAAUGCCUUCAAGACUUUGCCUAAUAUUAUAUCACUAGUUAAUUAAUUAAUAUUGCAUUCCAAUAUUUAUUAUAUAAAUUUUAUAAUG